AUGGCCGCCGCCUUAGGCGAAGCAGCCCUGCCACCAGUUGCUCCCGCAAGUGCAGCAGCUAACGCACGGCCGGUGGGCACACUAGAUCCGCAGCUGUUCAUGGCUGCUUGCCGCGGCGACAACAACCGGCUUAAGGAACUGCUGAGGCUGGACGACGACGAGGGGCAAUCAGCAACGAGCAGGGGAACUCCCUACUGUAACGAGGUGACCAGCAACGAGGGGAACUCCCUACUCCAUGUCGUCGCCGCCCGCGCCGGUGGCGCCUGCGGCGAUCGGUUCGUCGACUGCGCCAAGACGAUCUACCGCGGCAACAGCGGCCUCCUGGCCGCGCGCAACAAGAAGAGAGACACGCCCCUGCACCGCGGCGCCGGCGCCGGGAGCGCCGACAUGAUCUCCUGCCUCGUUGCUCUCAAGGCCGCCGAGGUGGCCGGCGACGACGGGACAGCCGUGAAGGACUUCCUGAGGGCGCGGAACGAUUGCGGGGAGACCGCCCUGCACCAGGCGGUCCGCGCCGCCAGCAUGACCUGCAUAGACGCGCUGCUGCUGGAGGAUCCAGGCCUGGCCACCGUUCCACAGGAGGGAGAGGAGGGUGCUUCCCCAUUUUACCUGGCGCUUUCACUAGGUAAACUGGAUAUUGCACGGUAUAUCUUCGAUAAGAGUAAAGGCGACCUGUCCUACUCGGGACCGAACGGUCAAAAUGCGUUGCAUGCCGCUAUUUCUCGUGGUGAAGCGCUGGCCAUGCUUCUGAAUUGGUUCAAGGACCUGACGGUGGACGUGCAGCAAGCAGGCGACGACCGUCCUGCGGUCAGCGUGCCUCUCGUCUCGCAUCUGGCGCAGCAAAGGGACAAGAAGACGGGGAGCAACCCUCUCCACCUGGCUGCGUCGCUGGAGGGGUGGCCGUACGUCGGGAUUCUUUCCAUGUGGUUCCCGGAUGUCUGGCCGCGGCCCAGAUCGGCGGUCGCGCUGCUGCUGGAGGCCAACAGAUGCGCGGCGUACCAGCCGGACGCUCAGGGACUGUACCCGAUCCACGUCGCGGCCAUGGCCGGCAGCCUCGACGCGGUCAGGGCCAUGCUGGAGGCGUGCCCGGACUGCGCCACCCUGCGGGACGCCGGAGGAAGGACCUUCCUCCACGCCGCCGUCGAGGCGGAGGCGUACGGCGUGGUCGAAUUCGCCUGCCGCCGGGCGCCGCCGAAAGGAUCGUUCCCAUCGUCCGUGCUUAACAUGCAGGAUGACAACGGAGACACGGCCGUCCACCGAGCCGUCCACGUUGGGAAUCUGCCCGUGUUUAACUGCCUAAUCCGGAAUCGGCACGUGCAUCUGAGCAUACCGAACAAGGAUGCGUUGACGCCUUAUGACCUUUCAUGGGUUAGAAUCCCUUCGUCGUUUUAUUAUGAUUCGAACCCAAGGGGUCUCAUACAGUUGUCACUACAAUUUGUGGGAGCUCCAUGCGGUGGAAGCCGCCCCGACCUCUUAUUCGGAGAACACAUCCCAAAAGGAGACGACGACGAGGUCUCGGCGCAUCUAACGAAUGCAGCCCAGAUGCUGGGCGUUGUGUCUGUUCUUGUCGCGACCGUGACAUUCGCGUCAGCUUUCACGCUGCCCGGAGGCUACCAGCAGCAAGCCGGCUCGGAUGGCAUCAUCGGCACACCGUUGCUCGCUGGGAGCUAUGCCUUUGACGCCUUCAUCCUAUCCACCACGCUGGCAUUCAUCUGCUCGUGCAUGGCGACCUUUAGCCUCGUCUUUGCUGGGGUGCCUGCGAUGGACAUCUCUUUGCGCUCCUGGUACUUCGAAGUUUCUGCCCUCUUGCUGCGGAGUUCUGGGAGAAGCCUGGUCGUCGCCUUUGCUUUGGGGUUGUACCUGGUGCUGGCCCCAAUUGCUCACGCGACCGCGACCGCCGUCUGCGUGAUUAUUUUUGUAUCUUUGCUCUACGGGAACUCCGAAGCCUGGCAGAUCCUUCGUGUCGCAGAUACGGCCCGUGCAAGAUUGGGAGCUCGAAUGGAUGUAGCAUGGACUUUUGGGCUUACGUUCUAUAACGUCUUUGUAAAUGUGUUUGUCAACUUCUGGUCCUUCAUAAUAAUCUUCGGAUACCCAGCAGCAAUUCGGAUGGCGGUGCAUGUGCAUGCAAAGUAG